AUGCCGCCAGCCAAGCGCAAAUCCGGCGGCGGCGAUGCUGCUGCCACUGCGAAGGCCAAGAGCUCGAAGAUCGGCGCGGCAGCAACCUGCCCACUCGUUGAAGAAGUCCGGCCAUACCAGCUAGGCUUCCGGAGCGACUUCGCCUUCUCCAGCGUUGCAGAGCCAGAGGACUUGGAGAUGCUCAUGCAGCUCAUACUGGUGGAAGGGUUUCGGACCGACGCAGAUGUCCUGCCUGGUGUGGAGCGUGUAUCGAUCAUGAAACCGGACGUCAACAUCCUGAAUUCCAAUUACGUUGAGCUGAAGAAACUUCCUGAAGCAGAUAGUGUGCGCCCUAGGAGGGCGCCCAACGCCUUUCAUUUGAUGCGACAGGCGGACAUCCUACAGCGGUGUGGACAAGGAAAUUCAGAGCAGCAGCUGAAGGACGCCUUUACUAUUGGUAGAGCAGAGGCCCGGGCAAUGUCCAACUUGUACACACGGGUGGACAAGGAGUUGAUGGUGAUGCUGCGUGAAGCUGUAGCCAAACGAGGUCUUCAACAUUUUAUGACCCAUGAUUUGAUUGGCCUUGGCGCUUUCAACCAGGGCUGGACUAGCGCGCAGGGGCCAAUGGAGUCUUGGGUGCCAGCCAUGACCAAUGGUGACGACAAGGUCUUGGUGAAAUUCUUUUUGGAACGUAUAUGUCAUGACUGGGACAACAGUGCGGAGAGGAUGCGCAAAGCUUUGGGGUACAAGGAGGGGGUCAAGCUACACGCCUGUUGUGGUUUGUUCCUCCAUUUCCUUGAGCUGCUUCACCAAAAAGCGCCGGCGGGUGAGUUUCCAGAUUUUGAGAAACAGCUCAGAGCCACCUUCAUGUCUGGCUUGAUGGAUGCUGAGCUUACCCACAUCGCUGAGACGGCUGUCCCGCCGGGCGACAUCACAGCGAUUGGAGCCUUCAGGGACAAGGUCAAGAGCUAUGAGACAAGGAUUGCCAUUGAGACCGAAGAGAGAGCAAAAGAGCUGGCUGAAAAGCUCGCCAAUGCAACCUUCGAGCAACUGUCCAAUCAGAUUGAGACGGACAUCGCGCUCAUCCGUUCGCGGGGCGAAGACUUCACGAAGACUUGGAUGGAGGCCAAUUGCCGCCUCGCCGUUGUCGGACCCCACGACAAAGUGUCGGCCACGCUGCCAGAUUUCAACCGCUUCAUGUCCGACAAGCAAGUCGAAGGCACAGUGUGGAUUGUUGCAGCAAUCGAUGCGACGGUCUGGUCCGUCAAUGACGCUAUGGCCGAUAUGAUCCAGAUGAUGACCAGCGUGUGCAGCACAGGGAGCACUUGUAUCGGCUACAUCCAGAUGCCAGUUUUUCAAGCGCAAACAUCCAUGGCCGCGCUUGGGAAGAGGAAGAGGCUCAUAGAAGAUGCGCUUUUGAAGGCUGAUAUGGAUUUUAGCUCUCACAUGACCAUCAUGUUCACGAAGGAAUCUACCCGGGCAAGCACAGACAAGCGGCCAGCAUCCCAGCCAGUGUUGCUGUGCGCGUAUGGCAAGAACAACCGUUGGUUGGAGAGUUCGCCGGUCUUGCAGGGAGCGAUCUUUGGCCCUUGCUCUCGGUGCAACGUGGCUGACAUGAGGGGCUACGAUGCCGAUUCAAAGCCAGGUGCGGCUGCUCGUGCGGAGCAGAAAGGUGUUCAGUGCCACAAGGAGAUCUUGAGCGAUUUCUUCAAAGGAAUGCCAUUUGAGAGGUCUGACCUUGUGGUUUGGCUGGACAUUGGCCCCAACAGGUAUGCAGAAUUUGCUUCCGCUUGUGUGGACCACAGUCUUAAGGGCGAGGAGCCGCAACUGGCAUAUGUUGGCUUCCUUCGGGAGCACCAAAAAGAUGUCAUCGCCUCAAUCGAGUCCACUGUAUUCACACACUGGGAUUCCCUUCCGAGCAGCCCACCCAAAACGCGCGCGAGAGCCGAGUCACGCAUCAAUGUGAGUGGUUUGCAAUUGCUGAGCUGCGAUUCGGCUGGGCGUCCGGGUUUUCCAGACCAUGUGAUGGGCAAGUUUGCUCCUGGAUCGGCCCAGCACAAGAAGCUUUGUGAGAUCAAGGAAGCCUUCCAGCGAGAGUUUCCAGCAAGCGCUGGUCGCGAUGGUGGUGCUGUUACCACCCCAGGAACGGUGCCCCGCGCCAGUGGUGAGUGCGAUUUCAGCAUUGAUGACGGCAAGGAGCCUUUGUCGGUGGAGCGUGUCGUGGAGCUUUCGUUUGGCUUCAACACGGGAAACUUCGAGAUGAAGAUCGCUGCCAACAAGAGGGACAGUGCAGGAAUCCCGUGGCGGUUGGCGUCAGAUUUGGAUUUCAUUGUGGUGCAGAAGCGCAUCAUCCCAGUGUGCAAGUACUUUCACCAGCUCGCCACAAGCCAAGGCCUUGGCGAAGUGAGUAUCUUCAGCCACGAGGACAGUGAUGAUGGAGAGCAGGUACCAGUCCCAUUCCGGUACUCCGUGACCGCAGUGAAGGGCAACAGGACCAAUGUGUUUAGGCCCAACAGCCUGCAAGGGGAUGCGAAGCAGGCGACAGCCGGUGAGACGUUCGCGAAGGUUUCGGAGCCGUUCCCCUACAAGAAGCAGAACACCUGGGCUUUGAAGGUCAUUGCCCGAGAGCAUUUCCUGAAGGGGCAAACAAAGGAAGAGGUAAAAGAGAUUGCGGCAGCCCUGAUGGCAGCGCUUCCCAAACUCGAGAGCAAGGAAACGCCUCCUGUGGAAUCGGAAGGGAAAGGACCCCAGAAUGGCCGAAACCUUAUUUUUGACUUUGUUUGCGCGCGCUACGACGCGCUGAAGUUUGUAAACGCCAGCCAAGGUAAGCCUGAGCCGGCAAAGCCUGAGGCUGAGCCUGAGGCGUCGCCGAUUCCGAAUGACGCGGCAGUUGAUGGGGGCGAGGCAUCAGCCGCCAGCCUAGUUCACGCGAGCGAUGAAAUCGCGGAGCCUGACCAAGAGAAUGUGGAGGAAGAGGCUCCGGAGCACGACCCUGAAAUCAAGGAAGUCGACUGA